AACCCGAUCCCAGUCAAUCCUAACCAGAACUCGAACGCCGGGGACGGGUCGAGUCAGGGUGGAUCUCAGAACCCGCCUAUGAACCUAGCGAGCGUGCUGCAUUACUUGCAGAGCGAAUGGAGACGCUGGGAGCGGGAUAGGAACGAGUGGGAGAUUGAACGUGCGGAGAUGCGGGCCCGGAUAGCGCUCUUGGAGGGCGAACGACGUUCAGCGGAGAACCUGAAGACGGAUAUGAUGCGACGGGUCAAGAUGCUAGAAUUCGCUCUCCGGCAAGAACGCUCCAAGACCUUGUCCUCGGCAUCCGGCUCGACGAUGACCCUAGGAAUGGGCAAUCAAAACACUUUGGCACACGCCAAACUGACUUCGCUUAUCAGCGAAGAAAAAGCCUCGCACGAAAAGGACAAGGAUGCCAGUGCAGGGGGCAGCGGGGGAGGUGAAAGUCCAAAGAGUUCCGGAGGUCACCUCCCCAAUGGAAAGGCCAACAAGGCCGAGUCGACCGCUGGGGGGACUUGGAACGCUACUGCCAACGGUCCUUGGAAGGCAGCUUUGAGCGCACCCAAUCGGGAUGGGAAGAGUAGGGCUCGGAGUAGGGACUACUUGAAACAAUGUCUGCAAGAAAUCUCCUACUUGACAUCCGCGGCCGCCUUGAACCCUCUUCCGAACAAGCUCGCUUUCGAUCUCUCGUUACCACGGCCAGCGUCUCCCAGCGUCAACGACGACAAGGAGAAGGGUCAGGGCAGGGACAGGCCGCAUCAAGCUGAAGAGGCGCCCGCAAAGCCGCCCGUAAUGAUGGACGUCCCUCCUCGGCCGAAAAAGGUGCUGGAAGAGCAAGCGGUCAAGCCUAAAGCUGGGGAGACGAGCGAGACCAAGGCAGAUGGCGUGCCAUUCCCGAGCGACAAGCGGGAGAACGAGUCUGUUCCUGCAGCCAAGGAGGCUACGUCUGCCGGUGCCCCUGCUGAGGACAAGUCAGGGGCGCCCGACUCGGCUGCAUCGUCGGCAUCUGCUUCGGAAGCGAGGUCAACGGACAGACGGUCAGGUUCCGAAUGGAUCGGUUCUUCCGCGUCGUCCUCGUCGUCAAAGGAUUCGACCGGAGAUGAUUCGCAAGACGUCUUGACGGCCAUCUACAAGCCGGAAAGUAAAGAGGUGUGGAAGAAGGCUUUGCAGGCUGCCAACGACAAGGCGGAAAAGGCUCAGCGGGAGGCCAAGGCGCAGAUCGAGAGCGGGACUCUGACCGAAUCUGCCAUCGCAACCGAACAGAACACCUCUCUGGACAGUCUUUCCGAGGCUGGAGAAGUAGCCGCUUCUGCUAAACGGCAUUGGACACAGAGUCGACAGUUGAAGAGUCACCUCGACUCGGUGCGUAGUGUCGAAUUUGGCGUCAAUGGGGAGACUUUGGUUUCAGCCUCCGCCGAUUGCACUGUCAAAGUUUGGAAGCUGGACCUGAACAGGCUCGCCGGUUCCAAAUACGCCGGUGCUGGUAUCGAGAUCGAGCCGCAGGUAACGUUCCGUGGCCAUACCGCUGCUGUCACUUCGCUGGCGGUUGCUCAAACCGGAGUAAUCUUCAGUGGCUCGAUGGACGCGACUAUCCGUGUCUGGCAGAUACCACCGGCGACGUAUGACACGUACUCGGCUUACGACCCCUCAAUGACCCUUGAGACCCUUAUUGGACAUACCGACAGCGUCUGGGAUGUAGCCUUGCUCCCAAGCCGUGAUUACGAGGAAGGCUAUCUGGUAUCCGCCAGUGCUGACGGGACCAUCAAGGUCUGGGAUGCCUCGCCGUUAUACGCCACUUCCAAGAAGGGAUACUCGUUGCUCCGUACGUGGCGUUAUGCAGGCUCUGAGGGCAAAUCCGACGACAAGGAGGACCAGCCGGUUCCAGUCUCGAUCGCACCUUAUCAUCCGGACUACAAGAAUGUGCUCGUAGGGUUCAACAAUGGUAUCACCAGGGCAUACAAUCUGGAUUCGGGUAAAGCGGUAAUGAUAUUCGGCACAGAUGAAGACGACCUGUCUCCUUGCAGUCAGGUCCUUUGCCACCCUACACUCGACAUAGUGGUUUCCGCACAUGAGGAUGGGAAGCUGCGAUUUUACAAUAGCAAAACUGCCCGCUUGACGUCGACGGUUGUGGGCCACGCAGAUACGACGAACGCGAUCGACAUCGACCCGAAUUCUUCUUCAACGCUGGUCUCGGGCGGGGACGAUUGUUCAUGCAAGAUUUGGGACAUCACGACCGGUACAUGUGGCCAGGAUUGGUCUCACCACAGAAGAAAAUACGAUCAAGGAGUGCUCGCCGUAAGAUUUGGAGAAAAGGCGCCUGUUCUCGCCACUGGAGGCGCCGAUGGAGUGGUCAGGGUAUAUUGUAGAUCCACCUAAUCUUCUUUGUCUUGUUGUUCAUCGUGGGUGUGGCUCAAUCUCGUCUCGGUCCUAUAAGGGAAUGGUGCUUACGUCCCGACCCCGCUUUGCAGAUCUCACGAUUUGUUUGAUCGCUCCGGCCAAGACAAUUUAUUUACGACUUUCGAUUUGUCCUUGAACUUGUUCGAAGAUGCCAAGCAUAACCCAGGAGAACGUUGUGAACUGAUGAAGCAAUGAUAAUGAUAUUACACAAAUUGCAUCUA